AACGGCUCUGCUCAAGUCCAAAUUGUGUAAACAAUUUCUCUUCCUAAUAAUUUUCCAAGACUUUGGAUCACCCUAACUUCUUCGUUUCGUUUCAAUCAAAUGGCACAUUUCUCUGCUAGACUUAAGCUUCUCUCAAGCAACGAUGGAUUAUCUUUUGGUGUAGAUUCGAGAGACCAAUUUCGGCAGAGCCUUUACAUGGCCGGUGGUGGAUCUCCUUUGGUUCCAAUACGCAUGAGCCGACUAAAGUUUUGUGCUAGAAUCUUCUCAUCUUACUCUUUUCCUUAUAAGAGAAAGAAAAUUAGGGAUCUCGAUAACACCGAGAAAAAUCUUGAUAUUGACGAAGACAACGAUGAGUGGGAUUUUGAUGGAGACGAUGAUGGUUUAGAGACUGAUGAUCAUCUUUCUUGCUUCAGAGGCUUGGUUCUUGAUAUUUCAUACAGGCCGGUCAAUGUGGUUUGCUGGAAGCGCGCAAUCUGCCUCGAGUACAUGGAUAAGGCCGACGUUUUGGAGUAUUAUGAUCAGACUGUUAGUUCUCCUACGGGUUCGUUCUACAUACCAGCUGUAUUAAGGGUUCCACAUUUGCUUCAGGUUGUUAAAAGAAGAAGAGUGAAAAACUCACUUAGCCGUAAAAAUAUUUUACUACGAGACGAUUAUACUUGUCAAUAUUGUUCUUCGCGAGAAAAUUUGACCAUUGAUCAUGUUAUGCCGGUUUCUCGAGGUGGAGAAUGGACUUGGCAAAACCUAGUAGCUGCAUGUUCAAGAUGCAACUCAAGGAAAGGACAGAAGACAGCAGACGAAGCACACAUGAAGUUACUUAAGGUCCCAAAGGAACCAAAAGACUAUGACAUUGUUGCAAUACCAUUAACAAAUGCAGCUAUAAGGAUGCUGAGAUCGAAUAAGGGCAUGCCAGAAGAAUGGCGUCAGUAUCUGGCAAAACCUUUAUCCGAGACAUAGUAGUUUCUCUCAGGAAUCAAGGAGCAAAAGGGAUAGGUCUGGCCUUCCUUGUAAACACAAAAUCGUGGCCUCGUAUCUUUUCUCCCAAUCGUGACUUGUUUUGAGUUGGACUCAAAUGUAUAUAAUACGUAAAUAUUUGUCCAGUGUAAACUAAAAUUCAUAAUCUGACCUCAGAAUUCCUUAGCAAACUCAGAUUUCGUGAUUUAUGCAGGAGAAUCUGGUUAACCCCUGCCAAGAAUCAGCAAAGAUAAACAUUGUACUUGUGUUGCUACUGUGUUAGAUAAGCUUUACUCGAAUUUAGUUGGUACAAUAUCCCCACAAGCCCCAACUUUCAAAACUGCCUAAAACGGAACCAAUAUCCUAAUGGCGUAUUUUUAUUUAAUAAUAUUCCUUAUA